AUGCAGCAAUACGAUAGAAAUCGAAUCGAGGCAAAGCGCCGCGCUGGCAUUGAUCAUAAGAAGCGGCAGUUUGCAGCUCCAACCUAUAAAAAUCUGCAUUAUUCCCAUCGCUUAAACUUCUAUGAAGUACCCCCAACAGCUGAAAUCACGCUCGAGCAAUUUGAACAAUGGGCCAUCGACCGGCUUCGAGUUUUAUCCGAGCUCGAAGCAUGUUCCUAUCGAAACAAAUCUCCCACGGAGACAGCUGCCCACAUAGGCCCGUUACUUAAAAAAUUUCUUCCUUUGAACUCAAACACCUCCUUGGGCACGGGCAGUGAUGAUAUACUACAGAACGAGAGACAAAAGGACCACUAUUCCCAUUUCAUACUGCGGCUUGCGUUCGCUGGAACAGAAGAUUUAAGGCGCCGUUUCAUUCGUCUAGAGUCAAUGCUAUUUAAAUUCCGGUUCCAACAAGAUGACGCAAGGGAACGACGUGAAUUUGUCGAUAGCUUACACUUAUGUUGGGAAACGGUGACGGAUGAAGAGAAGGCGGAAUUGGGUGACGCGUUGUUGGCGUCAACUCCGGGUGUGAGAUGGCUCGAUGACGAGAGCUGGUUCAAGGUAGAUUGGGAGGCCGUCCCAGAGUUAAUCGAGCGUCGAAACGUAUACGUGAAGAAGGGGAAAGCAUACGUACCGUUGCGCGAGCAACUCAGCAUGAUACUCGCGGAAUUCACCGCCCGGCUGGAAAAGGCUAUGGAGCUUACGAGCCGCGCACUACCUCGACUUGAUGAAGACGAUCGUCUAUCACCAAUACUGGAGCAUCUGUCCAAAAACUUUGGAACAGCUGAUUCUACAUAUUCUGAGGGAGAGGGCGCCGUUCCUGGUGCCCCAAUCAACGCGGCCUCAAUCGACGUUCUCUCUCAGCAUUUCCCACUUUGCAUGCGAAAUCUACACAUGCAACUACGCAAAAAUGCCCACCUAAAACAUUUUGGCCGACUUCAAUAUACCCUUUUCCUGAAGGGCAUCGGCCUCUCGCUCGACGAUUGUUUGGUGUUUUGGAGGCGGUCGUUCCGAAACCUAACCGACGACGAGUUCAAUUCAAGAUAUAAAUAUAAUGUCCGCCACGCGUAUGGAGAUGUUGGCGGUGAUAUUAACCGGAGAGGGCGAGGGUAUCCGCCUUACUCGUGCCAGAAGAUUCUUACUGACAACGCCCCGGGCACUGGCCAGACGCACGGGUGCCCCUAUCGACACUAUUCCCCUGAUAACCUUAUAGCGUUGCUUGAAACGACUGGAAUAACUGAUGCAGAGACCCUUCGCGGCGUGCGAGACGACGUCAAGAAGACCCGUUAUCACAUUGCAUGCAAUCGAGUGUUUGAGCAUGUGCAUAAGAGCGAGCUGAAGAAAGUUCGUGAUGAAGGGAUAUGGGGUCAGACGGAACUCGACACCAUCGUCCAUCCCAAUGUUUACUUCAAGCGGAGCUAUCUACUGAAGAACUUGAACAACGCACCGAAAACGGAGGUUGAAAUGACGUCGUGA